CAUACUAGGAGAUACUUCCUAACACUAUACUAAUGAGGAAUUUGAGUUAGUUCUCCACUCUAACACCUUUCAUCUACGUGACAUUACCCAUGGCCCAUUACAAAAAUUGAAGACCAUUACCCAUUAGCAAGAUCGAAGACAGAGAGCCAUGGCGGUUUAUCGGUUUGUGAUAAAGAAUGAUUUAUCAGAGGGAUCGCCCAUUAAUGAAGUAGGAGAUGGUGCCUUGUCAUUCAUGGCAGAGAUGAAUAAAAUUGAACAUCUUUAUACGGAAGCGUUCGGAGGCUAUGGGGCAGCACAGGUGAAGGAACUGAAGAAGUCGGUGGAAGAUACAGAGAUGAUAUUAGUAGGUGAUUGGAGUGGUGGACACGAAGACAAGAGACGUAUCGAUCGCAUAUUUGGUACGUGGGAGACAUUGUAUCGUGUAAAGGAGCGACUUCGUAAUAUAAGAUCGAUUAUUGAGCGUGAAAAUUUGAGGAGAAGGCGAUCUAAGCGCUUGAAGAUGGUGACGAAGAUGGUGAUGUAUGGCGGUGGUGUUGCAGCAGCAGCUGCUAUUAUCCUUGCCUGCAAUUUUGCGAGGAAGAAGAAAGCAUGAGCUUGAAAACAAUACGAAAAAAUGUCGGUCGGUCGGUCGGUUGGUUGGUUGGAUGAAAUUGAAAAAUGGUAUAGGGGUUGGAUAGCAGAGUGCCUCCAUGGCUGGCCGGGAUAACUA